UGUUCUAGUUCCCUUCCUUUCUCUCCAUAUUUUGAUACUUAACCUCAAUUCAAAAUUUUCAAUAUUCGAUUUGGAUCCGUAGACUGUCUUCUAGUAAUCUAAUAUCGUUAGUACAACACCAUCAGCAAAUAAAAUAUACAAAAAUGGAAUCUCUCAACCCAGAGGAAGUUUUAAAGUUUUUAGAUUUGGUGAAUAAUCUUAAACAUAGCUCCAGAAGGGGAUGGGAGCUAUGUAAAAUAAAUAAUCACGAGAAAAUAGCAGGUCACAUGUAUUCAAUGGCUAUGAUGACAUUUCUAUUAGGAAACAAUUCUAAACUAGAUAGAUUUAAAUGUAUGCAAUUAGCAUUAGUACACGACUUAGCAGAAUCUAUAGUUGGUGAUAUAACUCCACAUGACAACAUUCCCGAAGACAAGAAACAUGCCAUGGAAGAUGAAGCAAUGAAAGAAUUAACCACACAUUUAGGAAGCGAAAUAGGAUCUUUAAUUUACAAUUUGUACAAAGAAUAUGAGGCUAAAGAAACUCCAGAAGCGAAGUUCGUGAAAGAUUUGGACAGAUUUGAUAUGUUAUUCACUGCUUCACAUUACGAACACAGAGAUAAAGAACCACGAAAAUUGCAAGAAUUCUUCGAUGCUACAGAAGGUAAAUUUCAGCAUCCUUAUGUUCGUAAACUAGUAUUGGCAUUGGAACAGAGAAGAAAGACUCAAAAUGAUUUAGAAGUAAGAACAGAAUCGAAUAGCACAUAGGUAGUUUAAAUAUAUAUAUUAUUUAAAUGAAUUAAUAUAUUUCUUAUUAA